GUGCACACUUCCUUCGCCCGGCCACAGAAGACAAAAAAGAGUUGCUGGUGUAACAAUAGGAAGAAUAUAUUCCACUCCUCUCUUGUACACGCGGCUUAUGAGAAUGUUGCUUUCGCAGAAGGAAGAACAAGGAGAGGAUAUUGCGCGUAAAAGUAAAGCCAACCGACCACAGCUCUGCAGUCCUGGUCACCGUUGACGUGAAGUGGGACUAUUUUGGAGGUGCACGUCAAGGUUGGCUGAUGAACGCUCGUCAAGAAGAACGUCUCCCUCAGCAGCAGGAGGAUCCACAGCCCCCCCACAUUAAAGAGGAAGAGGAGGAAGUGUGGAUCAGUCAGGAGGGAGAGUGUCCUGUAGGGCAGGAGGAGGCUGAUGUCAGCAAGUUUCCACUGACUGUUGUCUCUGUGAAGACUGAAGAGCAUGAAGACAAACCACCUGAGUCCUCACAGCUUCAUCACAGUCCAAACGUCUGUGAAGAACAUCUUCUCUCUGAGCAACAGAAGUGGAGCUUCAGGAUGGGCAAGGAGCAGCCACAGCCCUUCCACAUUAAGGAGGAAGAGAAGGCGCCACAUACAUUGCAAAUGCAAAGGGAAGAAAAUAACCCACUGACCCCGCAUUUUAAAGAGGAAGAGGAGGAACACAGCAUCAGUCAAGAAUGGUUGGAGAAGUUCCAUUUGAUUGUGAAGAGUGAAGAUGAUGAGGUGAAAGGUGAAAGUGAGGAGAGGGGAGGGGGGGAGCCUCCAAGCAGCAGCUCAACACAACACAUGACAACAGAAGCUGAUGGAGACCACUGUGGAGGAUCACAAGCAGACAAGCUCUUAGCUCCACUAUCAGAUAGUGAGGACACAACGUCACACUCUCCUGACACUGAUGAUGAAGACUCUAAAGAUGAUAAGACAUGUCACACUGACAACACUCACUUCGCAUGUUCUCACUGUCACAAAACUUUUAAGUACCAUUGUCGUCUGGUAAGACACAUGAGAACACACACUGGAGAAAAACCUUUUUCAUGUUCAAUCUGUCGUAAAUGUUUUACUUUAAAGCACAAUUUCAAAGUACACAUGAGAAUACAUACUGGAGAACAACCUUUUUCCUGCUCAGUAUGUGGUAAAAGAUUUGUAUUAAAUCAAAGUUUAAAACUACACAUGACAACACACACUGGAGAAAAACCUUUUUCAUGUUCAAUUUGCGGUAAAGAUUUUACUCAAAAGCACAAUUUUAAAGCACACAUGAGAACACACACUGGAGAAAAACCUUUUACAUGUUCAAUCUGCGGUAAAGAUUUUACUCAAAGGUACCAAUUCAAAGCACACAUGAGAAUACACACGGGAGAGAAACCUUUUUCCUGCUCAGAAUGUGGUAAAAGUUAUGUCAUAAAUCGAAGUUUAAAAGUACACAUGAGAACACACACAGGUGAGAAAGUGUUGAGUUGCAGUGUGUGUGGUGAAAGAUUGUCUUCUAAGUACCAGUGUAAGAAACACAAGUGUGCUGGUGAGAACAGCAGCAGCAAAUGAAACUGCAGGAUUUGAAAUAAACUGUCCAGACUUUAAGUUUAAGUAACAUCAGCACAAGUAACAUGUGUGACAUAAUAAUUUGGAACAACAUAUGCUGCCAUUUGAGCGCCAUCUUUUUCAUGGACACCCCUGUUUAUUUCAGCAAGACAAUGCCAAGCCACAUUCAACAUAUGUUACAACAGCGUGGCUUCGUAAAACAAAGAGUGCGGGUACUUUCCUGGCCUGCCUGCAGUCCAGACCUGUCUCCCAUGGAAAAUGUGUGGCGCAUUAUGAAGCGUAAAAUACAACAGCGGAGACCCUGGACUGUUGAACGACUCAAACUCUACAUAAAACAAGAAUGGGAAAGAAUUCCACUUUCAAAGCUUCAACAAUUAGUUUCCUCAGUUCCUUAACGUUUAUUGAGUGUUGUUAAAAGAAAAGGUGAUGUAACACAGUGGUGAACAUGCCCUUUCCCAACUACUUUGGCACGUGUUGCAGCCAUGAAAUUUUAAGUUAAUUAUCUUAAAAAAAAUAAUAAAAAUUAUGAGUUUGAACAUCAAAUAUCUUGUCUUUGUAGUGCAUUCAAUUGAAUAUGGGUUGAAAAGGAUUUGCAAAUCAUUGUAUUCUGUUUUUAUUUACCUCUAACACAAUUUCCCAACUCAUAUGGAAACAGGGUUUGUAUGUCCCUGGACCUUUAUGCAAUAAACAAUGUAUGAUUCAAAUACAAUUGGGUACAAUAAAUGUAGUUAAUAUUUG